CUAGUCGAACAUGAGAUUCAAUGACAAAGAGCUCGCGGAAGCGAGCUUUGGACCUGCGGAUCUGGAGGGACGUCUAAACCACAAACGAGCCCAUAACUCAGUAUUCAAAGAGAAGUGGUUCAAGCUGCGGUACAAUUUAUUAUUUUACUUCAAUAUCAAUGAUUUGGGACAUAUCGAUAGGAGGCAACCUGCUGGGGUCAUCGUUCUAGAAAAUUACAACAUUAAUAUAGACAAUUCAUCGGAGGGUGCAUUUGCGUUCAGCAUCUCGUUUCGUGAUGAGCCAGAGAAGCGACAUAUAUUGAGUGGUCGAUCAGAGUCUCAAGUGGAGCAGUGGCUAAAAGCACUUAAGCAAGCAAGCUAUGAAUACUGGAGAUCUCGCCUAAUCAUGCUUCAAGAAAGAUUGUGCAAAAAGACAGGGAAGGACCCACUGCUCAUGUAUCCCAGAAAUCAGGGUGUAGUGCGAGAUGAAGCUUGGGAACCUGCUACCAGCUUCAGAUCUCAUGUACGUUCGUUCACAACGUCGGUUGCGCCUACAUUGAAUACAAUAACAAGGGAAGUUAAUCUCAUAGAUCUUUAAUACAGAGGAAUAAUUUUAGAUUAAUUAAAUUGAAAUUUAAUUUUUUAAAUGUAAUUAUGAAAAAUGAUCAUCAAAUUUAUAUUUUGAAAUAUGCACAUAUAGUGUCGACAAGAGAAAGUGCGCAAAAUUGCCAUAAGUUUUAAGAUGCAAGUCCAAUAAGUAUAUACAAGCUCUUUAAUAAUUUAUAUCUUAUAAUCUUAUGUAACAUAAUAUACUGCAUAGAAUUUAUAUCAUGUGCAAGACA